CUGACCUCGGCCCGCAGUGUGCAGGACCCUUCUGUUGUAUCACUCCUGCCCAUUAUCUACUGAGUAACUCUAACAAUGGCGCCCAAGAAGAAGGAAGAGCCGAAACCUGCCGCAGCACCUCCCAAACCCCCAGAGCCUGAGCGCCCCAAGACCCCGGAGUUUGACCCAGCAUCAGUGACGCUGGAAUUCACCCCCGAACAAAUUGAGGAUUUUAAAGAUGCUUUCCAGCUGUUCGACAGGACGCCGACCAGCGAGAUGAAGAUCACUUACGCCCAGUGCGGCGACCUCAUCAGGGCUCUGGGCCAGAACCCCACCAACGUAGAGAUCAUGCACGUCCUUGGAAAGCCCAAACCCGAAGAUAUGCAAACCAAGAUGCUUGACUUUGACCAGUUUCUCCCAAUACACCAACACAUCUGCAAAGCCAAGGACCGUGGAACAUUUGAGGACUUCGUGGAGGGUCUGAGGGUGUUCGAUAAGGAGGGCAACGGCACAGUCAUGGGCGCUGAGCUCAGACACGUCCUGGCAACGCUUGGUGAGAAGAUGAGGGAGGACGAGGUGGAGCAGCUGAUGCAAAACCAAGAGGACGCCAAUGGAUGCAUAAAUUACGAAGCUUUUGUAAAACAUAUAAUGGCAUCUUAAAAAGGGGAUGCCCCUCUGUAUGAGCCUCAUUAUCAUUCUGGUGCUGUCUCGCACUACAUUAUGGAAUCAAUAUGAGUGAGUAAUGAGUUUGUCCCUCCUCCCCUGGAAAACCAAGAUUGUGAGUUCUUGACCACAGAGCGUGUUUAUGUUUCUGUGAUUCUCAUCCCAUUUGUCAUUUCCACGUGUCUUACAUCGAUCUGUAACUGAUCAAUAUUCUGUGUCUCUGGGGCCUCUUGUGUUGACGUGUUGCACACGUCCCACGCGCCCCCAAAACCAUUAUGCUGAUCGUGGUAAAUAAACAUAAAAAUUA